ACAGGAAGACUUGUCAAUCCCUCCCAAUACAACAUCACAGCUCCUUCAAAGUAGUUUCGCAGCGUGUUGUCACGGGCCAAGUGACACGGGAGAUUUACAAAAACUCGUUGCCGUCAGACACUUCAGCCAUUUCGCAACUGAGGCAACUGAAUCCAAAAACAAUCUGGGCGUCUCAUCUCAGCCCUCCAUGCUCCUUCAAUCCGGCGGGUGUUAAGAUCCAUGGAAGUGGCCGGCUUCUACGACGAGGGCGGCUUUGCUAUUCACGGUCGAGACAGCAUUAUCAGUCCCGUCAGCAACGGCUCAUACUGGAGGGUCGGCGACUCGAUGACGGAGCUGGGCAUUGAAGAGCGGGAGAGAGCGAUCGACUUCAGCGUUUACCUGGACUCAGCUUUGCACUGUCCGCAACUGGCGGCGCAGACGCACCACCAGCAGCAGCAGCAGCAGCAGCACCAGCAGCAGCAACAGGGGGACGUUUUCUCCGAUUUCCUGGCGGAGAACAAGCUCAAGAGAGUUGCGGCUUUACAGAACUACAAGAACUACUCGCUGUUGAACGAGCUGGAGAGCAGCCAGUGCGACAACUUGAGGGACCCCAGGGAGCCCUACGCGCUGGGUUACACCGAGCUGCAGGAAACCCGCGUGGAUAGCGUGCUGAGCCCUGAACUCACCGGGAGCCGCUACAGAGCUGCCGCCGCGGCCGAGAGAGACGACAGCCAGAGAGACGCAACUAUGGAGAACGGCUCGUCUGGUUUCUACAUUCAUUACCAGUCCACCAGCGGCAGUCUCGGGAACAUCUCCACCGCGUCCUCGACUUGCUCCAGCCCGCCCGGCACACCUGGCCCGUCGGGUGAAAGCAGGUCACCGUCGCACCGUGGCAAAAUGUCCUCCGGGAAAGCGAAGAAGCGCCUGGAUAAGGACAGCGACGAGUACAGGGUGAGGAGGGAGAGGAACAACCUCGCGGUGAGGAAGAGCAGGGACAAAGCCAAAGUGCGCAACAUGGAGACUCAACAUAAAGUGCUGGAACUGGCUGCAGAGAACGAUCGUUUACAAAAGCGCGUAGAGCAGCUGUCCAGAGAGCUGUCCACCCUGCGCAACCUGCUCUCUGCCACCGGGCAGUGUUAGAAAACCUCCACCAGAGACUCCACGCGGGCCACUGGGCUGCUUGUCUAAUCAUCGAUGGACUUUAGAGCUGGAGGUGAUCCACUGAACAAGUGUUGGAAAACGGUACGCUUCACAGGUGAAGACAGCGACCACCAGUUUACAGGGACAGUUGAAAAUGGGACUGAAGGAGUGGGUGCAUGGAUUGCGCAAUCAUUCACGAUUCUUCACAUGUCACCGUAGCUUUAUUCUCAGAUGUAAUUUUGUUUGUGUAUGCAGUAUUUCGGUGCAUAUUUUACAUACACGCGAGUGAAUUUCUACAUUUUGUGUAUCUGGAAGCAAUGGUUGUUGAGGGAAGAGUUGUGCUGCAGUGAAAUGAUGCAACUCUUUGUAAUAGUAGUGGCAAUGAAUGAAAUAAGUCAAAUUAUUUAAUAUUAAAUGGUUAAAUGCUUUAAAUGUACUUGAUAUUUUAUUGAAUUAAACAGAUUUAUACUUUGUCUAAACAAUUA